AUGUCCAAAGGUGGGUGGGUGUGUCGGAUGGUGACCUUCUUACACAAUGAACGAGAGGCUAACAUCAUCAACGGAUAUGAUUUGAAGGGAUCAGCGGGGGCGCGGUCGGAGAUUCUAGGAGAUUACGUUUCGUUUGCCCUGUGCGCCAUUGUUGCUGCGUCGCCUUUGAGCGGUCACGGAUAUUACGGUGGCCACGGAGCUUAUGGUGCUCACGGAGCUUACGGAGCUUACGGAGGUAUAGGGUACGGCGCACAUGGAGUAGCUAUUACUGGACCAUUCCUUGGAGCAGCGAGUGUCACGGGUCCACACGUGGGUGCCACUGCUGUUUCCGCUCCAGCGAUAGGGCCAGCUCGUUUGUCUGGCUCGAUGGCUGGUCCUGCUCACGUAUCAGGCGCAGUUGCUGGACCAGCUGUUGUGACUGCGUCGGUCGCUGGUCCAGCGCACGUAGAAGGCUAUGGUGGUCCGUAUGACGGUGCCUAUGGUUACGGAUAUGCGGCUGGUCCUGCUUAUGGUGGUUAUACAGGAUAUGCUGGCGGUCAUGGAGGGCAUGGGAUAGUCGUUGCCGGACCGGCUACUCAUGGCGCGGUUCUGGCUGGACCUCAUUCCGGAAGCGCAGCUGUUUCUGGACCGCAUGCCGGUUCGGUGGUGAUUGCCGGUCCUUCCGGAAAGAUCACGGCCCACGGAAGCGGUUACGGUGCUGCCAUUCAGGCCGGUCACGGCCACGGCCAUUGGUAACGCGCGCACACCCAUCUGCGAAAUACAAAAGAAAAACUCUCUACAUUAUCAUUGAAAAAGUAGAAUACCGAAUAAUUGCCAACCCCUCCCUGGUUUUCUAGGAGAGUUCGAAGAAGUAUUAUGGGGGGUAUGAAAUUACUGUAACACGAUGACGUUCGUCGCGCUCGAUACUUCCGUUUUAUAGUGUGCGCAUGGGUACUUACAUUUCUUUUCUGUACGAAUGGAAUAAAUUCUCUUCUUUCAAAAGAAGAUAUUCA